UAUUUCCUUAGGACUUUGAGAAAGGCGCUCGAGUGUUAUUGUUGGCUUCUAAAUGAUGUAGUUAGGCUGGAAAUUUAGCUGGAAGAAGCGGCGUUCAAGGAGGCGCAGGAGAAAUAAAUGCAGUCUGUCAAAGCUGAAGAGAAAAGGAAGAUCUGUCUAAAAUAAUGCUUAAUCCAUAAUGAAGAAAUAAGGGUUCGCGGUCAAAAACUGAGAAGCUGGAUCCCAUUUAGGAAAAUCUGCUUGUGAAAUGAGCACUCUGUUGGGCACUUCUCGCCCUGUGAGGAACAUUUAACAUAAAAGAACAUUAUGAUAUGUACAACAGCUUUUGGUUUGCCUAUAUUAAUGAAAAGUGCCAAUAGAAUUCUUCCCUGCUAUUCUUCAUACUUGUGUCUAAGACUGGCAGCUAUAAGAUACUGCACAAUAAAUGGCAAAAUGAAAUCCAGAAGAAAAUCAGAUCAUCUGGACAGAACAGCAAAUGACUUUCGACAUGAGAUUAUUUCUAAAGCAAAAGUGUGUGGCAUCAGCAAUGAAUCUGAAACAGUUAAAAGACUCCGUUUGGCAGUGACAGAUAAGGAAUUUACUUUUAAGGCAGGACAAUGGGUAGACUUCUUUAUACCUGGAGUUCCUGUUGUUGGUGGAUUCUCAAUAUGUUCGAGUCCUGGUAUGUUGGAAGAAGAGGGAAUAUUAGAACUUGCAGUAAAACGUACAUCACACCCACCUGCUCACUGGAUUCAUACUCAGUGUACUCUUAAUUCAGAAGUGGCUUUGCGAGUUGGAGGCAACUUCUUUUAUGAUCCUCAGCCUGAAGACCUUCCAGCAAACAUUGUGCUCAUAGCAGGUGGAGUAGGCAUUAAUCCUUUAUUUUCUAUACUGCUCCACAUCGCAGACCUUCACAGAACUCAAGAGAAGAAAGGAAAUAGUUGCGAAGUGGGAAUAACCAAACUCUUUUAUUGUGCAAAAAAUGUACAUGAACUUCUGUUCAGGAAACAGAUUCUUGGCUUGACAAAUGCAUUUCCUGGAAAAAUCACAUGCAGUUUCCACAUUACCAAGCAGAAUUCACCAAUUUGUGAGAAAUUUCUGCCUUACAUCAAAGAAGGAAGAUUAUCUGGAAGUGACCUAGAAAAAUGUAUCUCCAAGAAUACUUUGUGGUACGUUUGUGGACCACCUCCAAUGAUAGAAACUAUCUCCAAGCUGCUUGAAAACCUUGGUGUGGUUCAGAGCAAUAUUUUCUUUGAAAAGUGGUGGUAGCACAUCCAGCAGCUCUCCAGGCAAAAUAAAAAUGAAGAUAUAAUAUAUGCAUGUUUGCUGAUGAACACUGAAAGUUUACACAAAGUAAACUUUUUUCCAUUUGUGGAAAUAAAAUAAUUCAUAAUGAAAUUAUAAAAUGUAUUUUUAACAACCGAUUUGGAAAAACAAAUAGGAAACAUUUUAAAUUUGUAUAUGUACUGAAUAGUGACAAUUUCUAAAAAUAAAAUAUUUUCUUAAAUAUUUUAUUAACUUUGGUAUGUAAUACGUAACUUUAUAAUUAAAUAUUAUGUAUGCAAUAUUUCAUGGUAUAGGGAUAAGAGGAGAAGAAUGACUUGAAAUUUAAGCCGUUGUCUCAUAUGGGAAGGGCAAACUUAACAUAAAAGGUUGGAAUUCAUCUGUCCAUUUCCAGUCCACCUUGUAUUUUCUAUUGAAGGCUGUUUGAAAAGUAAAAGAUGUUGCUUUUGAAGUUUCUUGUAUUUUCAGGAAAGAGAACUUGCACAAGCUUAUUAGCAGACAAAGUUCUGAAUGUACAUUUCAGUAAUUAGAUUGGAUCUGAAAUUAAUUGUGCCGGGGUAGAACCACUAAAAUCAAUGAAAUGAGCUGAGCAAAUCAUGAAUAAAUGAAAUGCUAUUGAUUUCCAGUGGUUUACUCAAAACAUGAUGGAGUCUGGAUCUAGUUUAUUUCCAUAAUAUUAUCUAUUUUAUCAGUUCUCAAAGUUAUGGAACUUUAUUUGAAAUAACAUUAAAGUGUGCCCUGUUUCUGAUCAAAAGCAGCAUUCCACACACAGGAGCCAGUCUUGGAAUUAUUUAUAUUCUACUGCAUCAAGAUUCAAAAAUCUUGAUUCAAGAUUCAUUAUAAACGUAUGAAAGUCCUGUACUUACAGUAGGUAAAAUAGAUCUAAACAGUUUUAUUUGGAAGAAAAUCCUAUUGAUUUCAAUAUUUACUUUGAAAUAUUACAACUGGGUGUUUGGCCCUUUUCCCCAUCUUUCUGAAAGCCACUUGGCUUGACUAGCAUAUAUUCAUGUAGUUCAUCAUGAAGGGCUGGUGUCUAAGGGUCUGCGGUGCUACUGUGUUAGCAGCAAUUAGGAACUAAUUAUGUAAGAGAUUUUGAGUUUACCAAAAGGUACUAAAUAAAC